AUGGGAAAAGAGCAGUAUCGGUCCGUGAUUCGAUUCUUGUUUUUGGAAGGGAAAUCGUGCAGCGAAAUCAAAGAGUGCUUGAAUGCUGUGUACGGUGACUCUUCUCCUUCAAUGGCGACCGUCAAAAAUUGGUUUAACGAGUUUCAACGUGGUCGCACGUCAGUUUUUGAUGAGCCACACCCAGGUGCCCCAAAAAUGGCUACCACGGAGGAUAACAUGACAAAAGUUCACGAUCUCGUAUUGGCAGACUGCCGAUUGAAGGUGCGCGUGAUAGCUGAAACAGUAGGCAUCUCAAAAAAUUGCAUGGGUCAUAUCCUGCAUGAAAUAUUGGGCAUCAGAAAGCUGUCGGAUCGAUGGGUGCUACAUUUGCUCACUCCGGACAACAAACGCAUCCGUGAGACCACUUCAGAGCAGUGUUUGACACUGUUUAAGCGCAAUCCGAAGCAGUUUCUGCGUCGUUUCAUGACCGUUGACGAAACAUGGAUUCACUGGUACACACCAGAGACCAAAGGAACAGUCGAAACAGUGGUUCCAAGCUUUUGCAUAAAGACUGACACUUCUGUAUAA